GGGCGGGUUCGCUAACGGAAAGGGCGGGGCAUCCCUCUGGAGGAGAGGCCUGUUCCUCAAGCGGCCGCUGGGGGCACCAGAGCAGCACCGGAGCGCGGGCCAAGCUGGAGAUGGCUGAUGCUGACCCUGAGGAAAGAAACUAUGACAACAUGCUGAAAAUGCUGUCAGAUCUGAAUAAGGACUUGGAAAAGCUAUUAGAAGAGAUGGAGAAAAUCUCAGUGCAGGCAACCUGGAUGGCCUACGACAUGGUGGUGAUGCGCACCAACCCUACGCUGGCCGAGUCCAUGCGUCGGCUGGAGGAUGCCUUCGUCACCUGCAAGGAGGAGAUGGAGAAGAACUGGCAAGACCUGCUGCAUGAGACCAAGCAAAGGCCGUAGGCCCCACUGGCCCACCACAGCUGCCAUGCCACCCUCUGCCCGUCUGAAGAGGUCACUGGGGGAUGGAGCUGGCACCCACAUGAAUAGCUGUAUGCACUGUACUUGUUUCUUAAUAAACUUAUUUUUAAGCACA